AUGGCCACUUCUAGUAUGCUGGGACACAUACUGGCCUUAUGCAGGUGGGCCAUGAUGGGUGCCUGGAUUAUGGUGGGUAGUUGGAAUAUACAGCUAGCCAGCUUGCAUGCCAGUAUUAGUGGGCCAGAUGGAUCACAGCCUCCAGGAUAUUUCCAGUGGUUUGGAAAGCACACUAGUGGGAUUCUAUUGGGCCAGUAUGACUUCCUGACAUUUCCAGGGACUGGCAGGGGGCCAAGGCUGGUGACAGUUGGUUGGCAUCAACUUCUAACUAACUCCAGUUGGCCAGGAUGGACCACAAACUCCAGGCUAUUUACAGUGGUUCAGAAGGCAUUCCAGUGGGAUGGUAUUGGGCCAGUAUAUGUUCUGGCCAAAUCCAGUCAGCCAAGUGGGCUGGAACAGGUCCAGGGCUGGUGGCAGUUGUUUGGCAUCAAUUCUGAACCAACUCCAGUUGGCUGGGAUGGAUGA